GUACAUUAUGAUUCGAAUGUAAUUGAUGUUUUCGUAAAACGACGCUUUUACUAACUCCUCGGAGAGUCGGGCAUACGCGCGUUCAAAAAAAUUGUUCUCAAAUUACAAGGAAAAAAGAUAAAGCCAGCCUCAACCCACGACCGUCCGCGUCAAUCGUCGGGACGUUUCUCCGCGCUUUCACGCUAUAUUUCAAGAGUUUGUACACACGAGGGAGCUUUGUGUAAAACAUUUUUAUUUGUUGUUUGUUUUGUUCUUUUUAUUCCAGGCUACCCCUAUUGUCAUUCGUGGUGAGGCUGAAAGAAGUGCUGUUUGUCGGAGAGAAAGGAGGGGGUGCAUAUUGCACAAUUCUGCGUGAGUUUCACCCCCGCGUCCUUCCCGAUGUAACGAGGGCUAUACGACGGAGAGGGAUGAAGCGAAUGGAAAAAUUGUACAAACGCGUGUACGAGCAUUAUAGAGCCCCUCGGUACCCGGCCAGUGACCCGAAAAGUAAAAAGACCCGUCAGUUUCUAUGCUUAUAUAUAAACUGACAGAGAGAGGGAGAUACAGAAAUCGCAAUAACACGGUAAAAAAAAUGGAUUUCAUAGGAAUGAAGUAAUCGCGAAGGCGCAUGUUUUUCUGGAGCAACGAUGAUGAAUAAAAAAAAGAAAAAAAACACACGGAGGAACGAGGGAAAGAAGAAAAGGCAAAAGGAUGUCAAUAACUGUUUGUUUUCUUCUGUUUAGGUUGCCAAUGUCUGGUAGACAAGUUUAUUCAGAGGAAAGCAGCAUUCCUCCCUCUCUGCCUGGAUAUUCACUGUGAUCGAACGAAAGAUGUCCGGGCCCUAGGAGGGAGAGCUGACUGUGCUCGUUUCGCGUUCGUGUGGGUGUGUACGCGAGAAAGCUUUGCACGAAUCCAGGCAGGGACGGGUGGAGACCGCUCUGCACCAGAGGAGAGUACAAGCUCGAAGCUUCCGAAGCGCCUGCGUUGAUGUAUACGUAUAGACAUAUUUAUACACGGAUAAAUAUAUAUAUAUAUAUUCGGUAACAGCAGGGCUGCGAUAUACGUAAUUGUGACACACAGGCAAGCCUCCUUUUGUGGGUGGUUUCCACCAGUAUCUUGUCGCUCUCUUCUCACCGUCGUCGAAUGUAAUGGUGAUUAUUACAACGACGCGAUCACAGCAACGGCUCACCUUCUUUUACACUCGUUUUUUUAUCCUUCGUGUUAUUUUUCUUAUUACAUAUACGUAUAUACUUAUGUACAGUCGUUGACUUGCGCCAAGUCUCAUAAACCGAGAUUCUACGCACCGGCCUGAUCUCAAUGCUCACGAGCCGUGAUAAUAAAGCCACAAGCAGCAUGUAUUUUAACGUAAACCGUGGUGAAAGCUGCUGCUGCUGCCGCCGCCGCUGCUGCUGCUGCUGCUUAUCGUGCCGCGAUUCAUCCCUCUUCUACGCUAUAACGUCAUUCUACUCACUAUCCGAGAUAAAAAACGUGUCGCGAAUCUCACCAGGACUGUGAUGAUCCAACGAGAAAACGCGGAUUAUGGGUAUAGCCGCUUACGAUGCGGUGUACGGAGUUGAAGGAGGCCGAUUAAUCUCGAGUCUAUUGACGAGCUUGUUACUGUUGUUGGCUGUGAGGACGAGCGGGAUCGUCGGUAUCGGUGGUUCGUCGGCGCACAUAGGCGGAGGGAGAAAUUGUGAAUUGGCGGAAUUGACUUGUCGGGAUGGUCGGUGCAUACCUCUCGAUUCUUAUUGCAACGGGAAGAACGAUUGCGGAGACGGUAGCGACGAGCCGGAGCAUUGUACACCCUGCAAUCGUACGUACCACGGUCGCGAGGGACGCACGUACAAAUUGGAUCUUCCACGUCCCGUGGAGGGACGGCUUCCUUUUCUCUGCCACUUGACGUUCACCGCCGGAGGCACCGGCCACGGUGAAUUUGUGCAAUUAUUAUGGGACGCCUUCAGCAUCGGUCGUCUCGAUCUAACCGCGAAUGAACAAUUUUACACGAGUUGUCCGGAGGGCUCGCUCCAAUUGGCCGAAUUGGGUAGGCCGUUCACCGGAGGCUCGUGGUGCGGCAGCGGUGACGGGCGCGCUUCUUAUUACAGCGAGACGAGCACCGUGACCGCAUCGAUAAGAUUAUUUCACUCCCCGAGCACCGUGCCCUUUGAGUUUCGCUUGCGUUAUCGUUUCGUUUCGAGAAACGAGGCUGUGGCGCGACUCGGCGCCCCGGAACUUCCGAUCGAGCGGGGCUCGCCGGUACCGGGCACGUAUUGCUCGAGAAACUUUUACGAAUGUCACAAGAAACAAUGUCGGGUACAGAGCCCAAAUUACCCCGGGGAGUACCCAAGAAAUGCCAGUUGCCUCAUCACCGUCAGACAAAAAUUUGUCCCCACGUGCAAACACGCUAUGAUCUCGGUCAAGGCCGGAGCCGGAGCUGUCGUUGGAAAUAAUCAAGCUCCCCGCGGUAUGUCAUACUUCAAUCUCGCAUCGGGAACCACCAACUCGGGUUCCUCAACGUCUUCCUCCGCACUGCUGACGAAUUCGUCCUCUUCAUCAAUCUCCUCAUCCGCCUCGCAUUCCUCAAUGGUAUCGAUGGAUUCUCCGGCUAUGAGAAAUACCAGUCGGCUCAGCGUCUGGCAGGACUGUCCCGAUGAAAAGGAUCGUCUUGUUUUUCGAGAUGGACCCAGACUCGAAGACUCCAUAUUGCUGGUCUAUUGCGGUGGACCCUUGCCACGGAUAACCGCGCGCGGACCAGCAAUGCUCAUCGAAUUUCGCAGCUCACCCCUGGGCAUACCACUCGGCAGCUCUCCCCUCAAACUCGAACUCGAGAUCCCCGUUGUCUACGUCGAUUCCGACGGGCUUGAUUACGCUCGGGGUCCUCAAGGCUGUCAUUUCUUCAUCAACGAGACAUCAAAGAGAAGCGGCAUUUUACGCUCACCCCAACACACUUUGCCGCUCGGUUCCGUCUGCACUUGGAACAUAAGAGGCUCCGCCGGCGAUCGCGUGUGGCUUUAUUUCUCAUCGUACUCCCAACGUGACUUCACCAAUGAACUGCUGCACCAUCCACGAAGCAACGCCACUUACAAUGGAAAAGUGAAAAAUUGGCGAGUUACCUCCACCGAGAGCCCUACGAGCAACUGCUUCGUCAAAAUGACACUCUGGGACGGCCCCUCCACCACCGGCGUUCCAAUCGCUACGUUGUGCGACGAUACACCCAAACUUUGUGCCCAUGCUGCGCUACGCAAUGCUACCAGAGCUACCAGACCCUGCAGCCGAGAUGAGAGCUAUUUGACCCUCUCGUCCACCAUGACCUUACGGAUGGAAGUACCCAGGGGAACGGCUCUUCAGACCGUCAAUUUUCAGGCGCGUUACGAGUUCAUCUCGACGGUGCAGGGUGGCGAGUCAUGGGGCGAGGGGAAUUGCACAAGAAUAUGGCGAAAAGCGAGAACAGGACAAAUAACAUCACCCCGAGACGUGCGUUUGUACGGACGUGGAGGAACAUCGAAGCUCGAUUGUACGUACAGAAUCGAGGCUGGCUCGGGAGAAAGAAUACGUCUGACGAUUCACAACGUGAGCGUGGGUGAAUCGACGAAUUGUGCGAGUGAGCCGGAUCCGCACACGGCGCGAGCGAGAUGUGUAGCGGAAUUAUCAUCGAGGGAGGCGCGUUUGACAUUGUACGAGGUACCAUGGCGCGACGUGAGACUACAACGAGCGUGUCUCUGCGACAAUUCGUCUUUCUUACCGUUGAACCACAUCUCAUCGGGACGAGCUUUGGAGAUACAUUUUCUCGUGGACGGUCAAUCGGCUCACGAGGACUUUGAGACGCUCUACUUCCAUGCGAGUUUCGAGCUCGUCCGUGCACCGGAAUGCCCGAGAAAACAGCGGGUCAGGGGAGAGGGUGGCGAGCUCCGAUUCGUCGCUCCGCCUCUCUCGAGACCGGACAUAUAUUGCGAGGGCUUACCGUGGCUCGUUGAGGCGCGUGACAACAGAUCGCUCUUCGUGCUCACUUGGGGAUGGUUCAUGCCCCUCGAACCGGUAUCCUCGAGCUCCGCGACCACGGCAACCGGGAGCGUUUCCUCCACGCCGCAGCAACAGACUCAUACCGAAAUCACGGACUCGACUCCCAAGUGUCCAACGACCAAUCGUAUCCUCUUGUACUCCGGAUGGCCGGCCAGACUUCUCAAAGUGGUGUGCCCCGCUGAACCUGGCGCUCGUGAAUUCACCGUUCACAUUUUCUCCGAGGAAUGGCUCGGCAGUCAAGUCGCCCAUGGCAAAUGGCCAGGUCCACCGAGGUCGCCGGCUCUACUCAUCGAUUUCGUAGCUCGCGAAGCCGGCCAAGCCGCCGCAUCUUGGCUCGAAAUAUCGAAAAGUCGCGCCGCUCUCCAUCGACAGUUACGUCUGCCCGGUAUGGACCGAGGUCCCCACGACAAUGAGACUAUUCCGUACGGCGAUUGCAUUCACAAGUGUCCAGAACUCGGAGCUUGCAUAGCUCCGAGUCUUUGGUGCGACGGUAGAGUUCAUUGCCCAUCUGGACACGACGAAGCUAAUUGUGGCAACGGGGCUCGGUUACUCGGUCUUUUGCCACCCGGUAUGUGGCUCGUCGUCGCCGGUGUUGCUGGCAUCGUUGCAGCUUUUGCUUGCCUUUUAGCCAUUCUCAUCUGCAGAUCCAAGGCCCGAGCAAAGAGACUUCUUUACGAGGGUUCAAAAACAUCGGGUCGACCAAGACGAGCACCCACCGAGGAGACGUUAUUGGGUGUGGCGUCCUGACAAAACCCUCCCGGCUUCGUGGAGUACAUUCACGUUGACCGGGAGACCACGGUUUAGCGAUAGAUCGUUCUGUGCUAUGCACCGUCCAUCGAAUAACAAAAAACUAAUUAAAAACAUGAAUGAAAAUAAGACAGCAACGGAUAAAGAAAUGAAUAUGAUAACGCGCUCGAAGAAAAUACAAACGUACGUACAUCUCUCUUGGACGGUUCGCGAAUAAUAAUUGUAAUCGUGUCUUCGAAUAUUUCCGUGAAAACGAGAUUCUCGGUUCUUGUUUCCGUACGCCCAACCUCGUUUAAUACUCGCAUUCAUACAUACUUACAAAUUUUGGGUACACGUUGUCAUUAAACUAGUUCAGUAUUUCAAACACGAACGAUUUCAACAACACAUUUGUCUUACUAAAUCACUAGUAUCUCAUGAACGGAUAAACUUUUCGUUGAUUUUUUUAAAAAAAGAAAAGCAAAGUUAUAAACGAGAAUCGUGUCUCGGAGAGAUACACGGUCUGCCUGAAAAGCUUUAAAAAAAAGGAACUUGGUACAAAUACACGUCUCCGAAAUGCCCGCUCGUCGUUUGUUAUGUGCCUCGUAGUACUUGGCACAUGCGAGUAUCUAGAAUCAUCAAAAAAACUUGAGAAUGAAGAAAACAAAACAAAAUCUACGAACAGAUGACAUAAAAAAACUCAUACUUCAUGUUUACAGGCUAGCUAACAAUGAUUUUAAAUGAUGGCCCAUCAAACACCUAUUCCGUAACGUUGGAAAGUAAUAAGUAGCAAAACAAUUCUCCGCACUCGACUGUUCUUAACGACCGUAGAAAUGAAAUGGUAAACGACGCUUAGUGAAAAGGUCGUGAAUAAUUUUGUUUAUAUUCUGCAAUGAAAUAGUGAAAUGUAGAGAAUUCGAAGAUCUAGGAAGUAGCGAUGCUCAAUUGUUCUUUCACUGAAAAAGGAAAUUGAUUGAUUCGGAUCUUUGCACCUCUCGCACCGUAGGAAAAAUAAAAUGAUGAAUAUAUAUAUAUAUACGAUGCGAUUACAUACGAUACGAUAAUGUAGAAGAAUAUUAGAAAAAAGAAUGAAAUGAUGAGCAAAUUGGAAGGUCGCGAAUUCUUGUUUUCCUGAGAAUGUGAUAAUAUUCGCGCAUCAAUUGCAUAUUACUAUAUGACGUACCGCUCGGAGCUGUCUGAAUUUUCAUAUGUACAAUUACGAUUGUUCAUCGGUAAAGAAAACGAAUAAAAGAAAAAUAUAAAUAUACAUAUAAGAAAAUGUAUUGACGUAAUCGAGGAGAAAAUGGGGCACGAUCUAAUAGCGUUAUAGGGAUAUGAUUCUGUGCAAUGCGAACGUGAUACACUUCCCGCGAAUGGGGAAAGAAGUACUCCGAAAAUCUUUGCCACGUUCCGUAUAAUAAAAAGUAAAGUAACAUUGAUAGCGGAUCGUAGCGAUGUAUUGAAUAAACGCGUCAAUAUAGAUCUCUAUCAUAAAAUACAUGGUUGAACGGGAGUGUAGCAGCAGGUUGAGUGGAAAUGUCGAUAAAUCAUUACUGCCAGACGAUGACAUUUGCAAUCGUUAAACGUGAAAAUGUUUAUUUGUCGUUAUCAUCCAUUUAUUUACUUACAAGCUUUGUGACAUCGUCGAUUAAUACAUAAGCAGCGAAGGGUCUAAUCCCGUUAGACACCAAAUCGAAUAGACUAUUUCUAUAACGACUUUUACUACGUGGAUUCACAUUUUUAGAAUAUGUUUGCGAGACCAUUCGUUGUACGUCACGUUUCUAUUCCAAAUGAGUCUUUGUUCGAAGGAAUCCAAACGAUUCAUCCCGAUUGCACCUCAUCGACGUUGAUAAGAUCUGUGAAAUAUUUCCAAAUAUUCGUAUUUCGUUGGCAACUUCUCGGAUAAAGAGUCUCAAUUGCACAUUGAAUUUUAUGUUGUCCGACAUAACGAUCAAAUGAUAGAGAUAGAACGAAUGUACGCAAUGAUUGUAAACGCGGUGUUCAUUAAAAUUUGGGUUUUGAGUUCCUAGAGACACAAAAAUACGCAGUUUCAAGGUAGUGCGUUUAAAAGAUAAAUCAAACCAUCAACUACCGCGCGUAGAAUAAAAAUAACACAAAACACUUAGCGAAUAAAAUAGUAGUUAAAAAGUGUGAAAUGUCGGGGUGGAAUCGUAAGCAUCUAAAACAAAGGUAUUAUAUGAAUUUAGUAUAGUGUUCGAUUAUCGAUGAUCGGGGCGAUGCCUGAUAUUGAGACCGUAGAGUUACUGUUGUUGCAGGUACUAGAUUUUAUUAAACUACGUACGUUUAAUGUAAGAGCCAACGAUCUUAUCCCCCUACUACAUUAUCUUGAGUUAUUCUCACUUAAACGAAACGGAUUUGAAGAUAAUGAGAUUUAUACGCCGAGUGGUAUGACCGAGAAACAUUGAAGAUUCCCGUUUUUGUACGUUCGUAGUCUUCAAUUUAGCUACGAGACUUUUCACUCUAAUAUUCAAAAUACAAAAAAUCAAUUGAACGAUAUUAAGAUUUGGUAGAGCGGUGGAUGAUGAAUCGUCAAAUAUUCUGUUUUAGUAUUUUUAUUAUUGUUACACGAUGAACUUUUAUCCGAUGUAAUCAUUACAUUUUUUCUCAUUACCGUACAAAUCUCUUGAAUUUAUUCGAUUCUAGUUUAUGGAAUGUCUCAUUCGAGAAAGUCAUUAGCGGUAGCUGUCAAUAGUGGCAUGCAAAAAUAUCUCGUCGUAUUUCAAUCUGCCACAAUUGUGUACCAUUUUGUGCUACAUUUUGUUUGAAAAAUGUCAGACGGCAUGCAUUCAAUCACGAUUAGUUGGGUACUUGAAAAAAUAUAAUUGUAUCUAUCGAUUGAAUGAGGACGAAAUCGAAUUUAUUACGAAUGUGUUGACUCGCGACGAUUCGAUUACAUAUUUGUGACAGCGUUCUCAUGACUUGGGUAAGCAUUUCUUGUGAUAUUGCUACGAGCUCGAGAUUAAUAUUUAAAAGAGUGUUCAUAUUUCUUUGGGUUUUAAGGCUUUUAAAAAUGACGAAUCAUUCGACAUUCUACGAAAAAAUGAGUGUGGUAGAUUAAAACAUUGGAAAAAUCCUUCGUUACAGAUCCUGGGCUGGCGAGGGUUCAGCUAAUUCUGUACAUCAGUUCGAAAUGAACUUUUUAACAGGUGGCAAGUACGGGUUGACAGAGCAUCGAAAAAUAGAGAUGAUUUUUUAUCGGCUUGUCUAAUGAUUCUGAUGAGCAGUGGUACAAUGAGAGCUGAAAGAAGAAAAUUAGCGAGUCAUUCGUCAGAUGACUUUCACCAAAGUACCAUUCCUCAGUUAAACUCAAAGGGGAGCAAAAUUUAUUCGCCUUCUAGAGAAUUCGACUUUUGCAAAAACGAAAAAAAAAAAAAAAAAACAAGAUUCAAUAAGUGACUCGACGAACAAUGAUUCCCUGAGGAUUGCUGUCGAAGUUUCAUUUGUCAAAACCCUUCGAUACCUUAGCAUUCGUAAUCAUAAACAAUUUUUCUCAACCCAUGCAUCAGCCAGUUUCAUUUGAAAUUCAUUUGACGUCUCGCUUGUGAUGCAUGUGUUACGUAACUUUUGGACAUCAGGCAAUAUUGUUCAUGAACAUUUGUUCACUGGUAUAUUCAUUGAGUAUCGUUUUGUCGGAAGCGAACGAAAGGAAACAGGGACGAAACAAGUUUGCUACUUGCGAUAGUUGUAUACAUAUAUGUGUAUACGUAUAUGUUUCAUUGGGAAUUGAUAGUGAAUUAUAUAUAUAUUGAAUAUGGGGUAUAUCUCGUUGUUAUACGUGCUCGUAUAUACAAUGGGAGUGCCGAGUAAAUGAUGCGAUGGGAAGAUAUUAUAAUAGAGUAUAUAACAAAAAAUCAUUAAAACCACCGAUUUAACAAACAAAUUCACAAUGAAAAAGAAACAAGAUUGUUUGUAAUUGUUCAAAAAUUUAUUAGAUCAAAUCAAAUAGAGUUUAUUCUUGUUUUUAUUUCACGAGUGCAAAUUAUAUGAAUGACGAUGUUUCAGACGCACAAAAGCUCUAGUGACUCUUUUUCAAAUGGCUACGAACUAUCUGACACGAUACGAGUGUGUUAUCCGAUGUGUCACUCACACACAUACACACACACAUAUAUAGAGAUGAAUUAUAGGAAAAUAUGAAUACCAACUCGAUGCCAUACGUAAAUAAAUAAUAAAAAACAUUGAAAAAAAAUAACAAAAAAAAAACAAUUAUAGAAAUUUCUAUAUCGAUACCCCUUCAUGUACCAAAACCAAUGAGGACCAUUAUAGCAUCGAUACGAAAUACGUGACACCUUUUUUUGAUCCAUCAAUCGAGUUCUCUUACGGUGUUUCACGACCAUGAAGAGUUGUAUGCAAAAGUAUGAAUUCAAUAAAUCAAUACGAAAACAA